AGCUCUGAAGAGGCGGGGCCAGGACGGCGGGACCGGCCGCUGGGUCCCAGCGAGGGCUGAGCCGGGCGGUGGGAGGAGGUCAGGAUGGUCGGGGAACGGCAUGCUGGGGACCUCAUGGUGCCUUUAGGGCCUCGGCUGCAGGCAUAUCCUGAAGAACUCAUUCGACAGAGGCCUGGGCAUGAUGGGCAUCCUGAAUACCUGAUCCGAUGGAGUGUCCUGAAGUGUGGGGAAGUGGGCAAAGUGGGUGUGGAAGAAGGCAAAGCAGAGCACAUCCUCAUGUGGCUGUCAGCUCCUGAGGUCUACGCCAACUGCCCUGGGCUGUUAGGUGAGCGGGCACUAUCUAAGGGACCUCAGCACGAACCAGCUGGGGUUUCAGGAAGCUUUCCUCGAGAUCCAGGAGGCCCGGAUGAAGUGGCAAUGGGAGAGAUGGAGGCUGAUGUGCAGGUGCUGGUACGCAGGGCAGCCAGGCAGCUGGCAGAAAGUGGGACCCCAAGCCUCACGGCUGCUGUGCUCCACACCAUCCACGUGCUCAGUGCCUACGCCAGCAUCGGGCCCCUCACUGGUGUCUUCAGGGAGACAGGAGCCCUGGACCUGCUUAUGCACAUGUUGUGCAAUCCUGAGCCUCAGAUCCGCCGGAGUGCAGGCAAAAUGCUGCAGGCUCUGGCAGCCCACGAUGCUGGGAGUCGGGCUCACGUCCUUCUGUCACUGAGCCAGCAAGAUGGCAUCGAGCAGCACAUGGAUUUUGACAGUCGCUAUACAUUGCUGGAGCUGUUUGCAGAAACCACAUCCUCUGAAGAACACUGCAUGGCCUUUGAGGGCAUUCAUCUGCCUCAGAUCCCAGGAAAGCUGCUCUUCUCCUUGGUGAAGCGCUACCUUUGUGUCACCUCCCUCCUGGAUCAGCUGAAUAACAGUCCAGAGCUGGGAGCUGGAGACCAAAGCUCCCCAUGUGCCACAAGAGAGAAAAGCCGGGGACAGCGGGAGCUGGAGUUCAGCAUGGCUGUGGGCAAUCUCAUCUCUGAGCUUGUGCGGAGCAUGGGCUGGGCCCGGAACCUCAGCGAACAGGGCAUGUCACCUCCCCGGCCAACCCGGUCCAUCUUUCAGCCCUACAUUUCAGGCCCCAGCCUUUUACUCCCCACCAUUGUCACCACCCCCAGAAGACAAGGGUGGGUCUUCCGCCAGCGCUCUGAAUUCUCCAGCCGUAGUGGCUAUGGAGAAUAUGUGCAGCAGACGCUGCAGCCGGGGAUGCGAGUGCGGAUGCUGGAUGAUUAUGAGGAGAUCAGUGCUGGGGACGAGGGCGAGUUCCGGCAGAGCAACAACGGCAUUCCCCCUGUGCAGGUUUUCUGGCAGUCGACAGGCCGCACUUACUGGGUGCACUGGCACAUGCUGGAGAUCCUGGGCCCUGAGGAAGCCACUGAGGAUAAGGCUUCAGCAGCUGUGGAGAAGGGGGCAGGGGCUACUGUGUUGGGCACAGCAUUUCCCUCCUGGGACUGGAAUCCUAUGGAUGGGCUCUACCCUUUGCCGUAUCUCCAGCCCGAACCUCAGAAGAAUGAGAGAGUGGGAUAUCUGACCCAGGCUGAAUGGUGGGAGCUGCUUUUCUUUAUCAAAAAGUUGGACUUGUGUGAGCAGCAGCCAAUUUUCCAGAAUCUUUGGAAGAACGUGGAUGAGACUCUGGGUGAAAAGGCCCUAGGUGAGAUCUCUGUGUCCGUGGAGAUGGCUGAGAGUCUGCUGCAGGUUCUCAGUAGUCGAUUUGAGGGCAGCACUCUCAAUGACCUGCUCAACUCCCAGAUCUACACCAAGUAUGGGCUGCUGUCUGAUGAACGAAGCAGCUCGUCUACUUCACGAAAUCACUCCUGUACCCCAGAUCCAGAAGAGGAGUCCAAGUCGGAGGCCAACUUCUCAGAGGAAGAGACUGAGUCCCCCAAAGCAAAGGCCGAGGCCCCUAAGACAGAGGCCGAGCCCACCAAGACAAGGACUGAGCCCCCCAUGGCACAGAGUGAUUCGCAGCUGUUUAACCAGCUUCUGGUGACUGAGGGGAUGACCCUGCCCACUGAGAUGAAGGAGUCAGCCAGUGAAAUGGCCAGAGCCUUGCGGGGUCCCGGUCCUCGCAGCUCCCUGGAUCAACAUGUGGCAGCGGUCGUGGCCACUGUGCAGAUAUCCAGCUUGGACACAAACCUGCAGCUUUCAGGGCUCUGUGCCCUCUCUCAGGCUGUGGAGGAGGUCACUGAGCGGGAUCACCCUCUGGUCCGUCCUGACAGAUCACUGAGAGAGAAGCUAGUGAAGAUGCUGGUGGAGCUGCUGACCAACCAGGUGGGAGAGAAGAUGGUGGUGGUGCAGGCCCUGCGCCUCCUUUACCUGCUCAUGACCAAGCACGAGUGGCGACCGCUCUUUGCCAGGGAGGGUGGCAUCUAUGCUGUACUGGUCUGCAUGCAAGAAUAUAAGACUUCUGUCUUGGUGCAGCAGGCUGGGCUGGCGGCACUGAAGAUGCUGGCCAUCGCCAGCUCCUCGGAGAUCCCCACUUUUGUUACUGGCCGAGAUUCUAUCCACUCUUUGUUUGAUGCUCAGAUGACCAGAGAGAUCUUCGCCAGCAUCGACUCAGCUACACGCCCGGGCUCUGAGAGCCUGCUCCUCACUAUUCCUGCAGCCGUGAUCCUGAUGCUGAACACCGAGGGGUGCUCUUCUGCAGCGAGAAAUGGCUUGCUCCUGCUCAACCUGCUUUUGUGCAACCACCACACUCUGGGAGACCAGAUUAUAACCAGAGAGCUGAGAGACACGUUGUUUAGGCACUCAGGGAUAGCACCAGGGACAGAACCUAUGCCUACCACACGCACCAUCCUCAUGAUGCUUCUCAAUCGCUACUCAGAGCCGCCGGGCAGCCCUGAGCAUGCAGCACUAGAGACCCCCAUCAUCCAGGGUCAGGAUGGGUCCCCUGAGCUACUGAUUCGAUCCCUGGUUGGGGGCCCGUCUGCAGAACUACUCCUGGACUUGGAGCGUGUGCUGUGCCGUGAGGGCAGCCCCGGGGGUGCCGUGAGGCCCCUCCUCAAGCGCCUCCAGCAGGAGACCCAGCCUUUCCUCCUGUUGCUGCGGACUCUGGAUGCUCCGGGGCCCAACAAGACUCUGCUGCUGUCUGUGCUGAGGGUCAUAACCCGACUGCUGGAUUUCCCUGAGGCAAUGGUCCUCCCUUGGCACGAGGUCUUGGAGCCCUGCCUCAACUGCCUGAGUGCCCCUGGCAGUGACUCUGAGAUUGUUCAGGAGCUGACCUGCUUCCUACAUCGCCUGGCCUUGAUGCAUAAGGACUAUGCUGUGGUGCUCUGCUGCCUGGGAGCAAAAGAGGUCCUCUCCAAAGUCCUGGACAAGCACUCAGCUCAGCUGCUACUGGGCUGUGAGCUUCGGGACCUGGUGACAGAGUGUGAGAAGUACGCACAGCUCUAUAGCAACCUCACCUCUAGCAUCCUGGCUGGCUGCAUUCAGAUGGUGCUGGGCCAGAUCGAAGACCACAGACGAACCCACCAACCCAUCAAUAUCCCCUUCUUUGAUGUGUUCCUCAGGCAUCUCUGCCAGGGCUCCAGUGUGGAAGUGAAGGAGGACAAGUGCUGGGAGAAGGUGGAGGUGUCCUCCAACCCACACCGGGCCAGCAAGCUGACGGACCACAACCCCAAGACCUACUGGGAGUCCAACGGCAGCACCGGCUCCCACUACAUCACCCUGCACAUGCACCGUGGUGUUCUUGUUAGGCAGCUCACUUUGUUGGUGGCCAGUGAGGACUCAAGCUACAUGCCAGCCAGGGUGGUGGUGUUUGGGGGUGACAGCACCAGCUGCAUCAGCACUGAGCUCAACACGGUGAAUGUGAUGCCCUCUGCCAGCCGGGUGAUCCUCCUGGAGAAUCUGAACCGCUUCUGGCCUAUCAUCCAGAUCCGCAUAAAGCGCUGCCAGCAGGGCGGCAUUGACACCCGGGUUCGGGGUGUGGAGGUCCUGGGCCCUAAGCCCACAUUCUGGCCACUGUUCCGGGAGCAGCUGUGUCGCCGAACAUGUCUCUUCUACACAAUUCGGGCACAAGCCUGGAGCCGGGACAUAGCAGAGGACCGUCGGCGCCUCCUCCAGCUCUGUCCCAGACUGAACAGGGUUUUGCGCCACGAGCAGAAUUUUGCCGACCGUUUCCUCCCUGAUGAUGAGGCCGCCCAAGCACUGGGCAAGACCUGCUGGGAGGCCCUGGUCAGCCCCCUGGUGCAGAACAUCACCUCUCCCGAUGCGGAAGGUGUGAGUGCCCUGGGAUGGCUGCUGGAUCAGUACUUAGAACAGAGAGAGAGCUCUCAGAACCCCCUGAGUCGAGCAGCGUCCUUUGCUUCUCGAGUUCGUCGCCUUUGCCACUUGCUGGUGCAUGUGGAGCCUCCUCCUGGGCCUUCUGAGCCAUCCACUCGGCCCUUCAGCAAGAACAGUAAGGGUCGGGACCGGAGCCCGGCGCCUUUGCCAGUGCUUCCAAGUAGCAGCCUGAGGAACAUAACCCAAUGCUGGCUGAGCGUGGUGCAGGAGCAGGUCGGCAGAUUCCUGGCUGCAGCUUGGGGGGCCCCAGACUUUGUGCCUCGUUACUGUAAACUCUAUGAGCACUUGCAGAGAGCAGGCUCCGAGCUGUUUGGGCCUCGGGCAGCCUUCACGCUGGCUCUGCGCAGUGGCUUCUCUGGCGCCUUGCUGCAGCAGUCCUUCCUCACUGCUGCUCACAUGAGUGAGCAGUUUGCCAGGUACAUUGACCAGCAGAUCCAGGGUGGCCUGAUUGGUGGAGCCCCUGGAGUGGAAAUGCUGGGGCAGCUUCAGCGGCACCUGGAACCCAUUAUGGUCCUUUCUGGUCUGGAACUGGCCACAACUUUUGAGCACUUCUAUCAGCAUUAUAUGGCGGACCGUCUCCUGAGCUUUGGCUCGAGCUGGCUGGAGGGGGCCGUGCUGGAGGAGAUUGGCCUCUGUUUUCCCAACCGCCUCCCCCAGCUGAUGCUGCAGAGCCUGAGUACCUCUGAGGAGCUACAGCACCAGUUCCACCUCUUCCAGCUCCAGCGGCUUGACAAGUUGUUCUUGGAGCAGGAAGACGAGGAGGAAAAGAGACUAGAGGAAGAGGAGGAGGAAGAGGAGGAAGAGGAAGCUGAGAAAGAAUUAUUUAUUGAAGAUCCAAGUCCAGCCAUUUCUAUACUGGUCCUGUCACCACGCUGCUGGCCGGUCUCCCCACUCUGCUACCUGUACCAUCCCAGAAAGUGCCUUCCCACAGAAUUCUGUGAUGCCCUUGACCGUUUCUCCAGUUUCUACAGCCAGAGUCAGAACCAUCCAGUCCUGGACAUGGGACCACAUCGGCGACUGCAGUGGACGUGGCUGGGCCGGGCUGAGCUGCAGUUUGGGAACCAGACACUGCAUGUGUCCACCGUGCAGAUGUGGCUGCUGCUGAAUUUCAAUCAUACAGAGGAGGUGUCAGUAGAGACCUUGCUGAAGGAUUCUGCCCUCUCCCCAGAGCUGCUGCUCCAGGCACUCGUGCCCCUCACCUCGGGGAAUGGCCCUUUGACCCUGCAUGAGGGCCAGGACUUUCCACACAGGGGUGUGCUGCGGCUUCAUGAGCCUGGGCGCCAGCGCAGUGGGGAGGCCCUGUGGCUGAUACCUCCCCAGGCAUACCUGAACGUAGAGAAGGAUGAGGGCCGAACCCUGGAACAGAAGAGGAAUCUCUUGAGCUGUCUUCUUGUUCGUAUUCUCAAAGCCCAUGGGGAAAAGGGCCUCCACAUUGAUCAGCUGGUUUGUCUGGUGCUGGAGGCCUGGCGGAAGGGUCCAAAUCCUCCUGGAACCCUGGGCCACACUGUUGCUGGGGGCGUGGCCUGUACCAGUACAGAUGUCCUCUCUUGCAUCCUGCACCUCUUAGGCCAGGGCUACGUGAAACGGCGUGAUGACCAGCCCCAGAUCCUGAUGUAUGCUGCUCCAGAGCCCAUGGGGCCCUGCCGGGGUCAGGCAGAUGUCCCUUUCUGUGGCAGCCAGAGCAAAACCUCCAAGCCUAGCCCAGAAGCUGUGGCUACCCUGGCAUCUCUACAGUUGCCUGCAGGCCGCACCAUGAGCCCCCAGGAAGUAGAAGGGUUGAUGAAGCAGACGGUGUGUCAGGUGCAGGAGACUCUGAACUUAGAGCCAGAUGUCGCUCAGCACCUUUUGGCUCAUUGCCACUGGGGCGCCGAACAGCUGCUGCAGAGCUACAGUGAGGACCCUGAGCCACUGCUGCUGGCAGCUGGGCUGUGCGUACCCCAGGCCCAGGCUGUACCCGCACGGCCUGACCACUGCCCUGUCUGCGUGAGCCCUCUGGGGUGUGACGACGACUUGCCCUCUCUCUGCUGCAUGCACUAUUGCUGUAAGUCUUGCUGGAAUGAGUACCUGACAACUCGGAUAGAGCAGAACCUUGUUUUGAAUUGCACCUGCCCCAUUGCCGACUGCCCCGCCCAGCCCACCGGAGCCUUCAUUCGUGCCAUCGUCUCCUCGCCAGAGGUCAUCUCCAAGUAUGAGAAGGCGCUCCUGCGUGGCUAUGUGGAGAGCUGCUCCAACCUGACCUGGUGCACCAACCCCCAGGGCUGCGACCGCAUCCUGUGCCGCCAGGGCCUGGGCUGUGGGACCACCUGCUCCAAGUGUGGCUGGGCCUCCUGCUUCAACUGUAGCUUCCCUGAGGCACACUACCCUGCUAGCUGUGGCCACAUGUCUCAGUGGGUUGAUGAUGGCGGCUACUAUGACGGCAUGAGCGUGGAGGCACAGAGCAAGCACCUGGCCAAGCUCAUCUCCAAGCGCUGUCCCAGCUGUCAGGCUCCCAUCGAGAAGAACGAGGGGUGCCUGCACAUGACCUGUGCCAAAUGUAACCAUGGAUUCUGCUGGCGCUGCCUCAAGUCCUGGAAGCCAAAUCACAAAGACUAUUACAACUGCUCUGCCAUGGUAAGCAAGGCAGCUCGCCAGGAGAAGCGGUUUCAGGACUAUAACGAGAGGUGCACUUUCCAUCACCAGGCGCGGGAAUUUGCUGUGAACUUGCGGAACCGGGUGUCUGCCAUCCAUGAAGUGCCCCCGCCCAGAUCCUUCACCUUCCUCAAUGAUGCCUGCCAGGGACUGGAGCAGGCUCGGAAGGUGCUGGCCUAUGCCUGCGUGUACAGCUUCUACAGCCAGGACGCAGAGUACAUGGACGUGGUGGAGCAGCAGACGGAGAACCUGGAGUUGCACACCAAUGCCCUGCAGAUCCUCCUGGAGGAGACCCUGCUGCGGUGCAGAGACCUGGCCUCCUCCCUGCGACUCCUGCGGGCUGACUGCCUCAGCACGGGCAUGGAGCUGCUCCGACGGAUCCAGGAGAGGCUGCUUGCCAUCCUGCAGCAUUCCGCCCAGGAUUUCCGGGUUGGUCUUCAGAGUCCAUCAGUAGAGGCCUGGGAGACAAAAGGACCCAACGUGCCCGGCAGUCAGCCCCAGACCUCCUCAGGGCCAGAGGCGGAAGAGGAGGAGGAAGACGAUGAGGAUGAUGUGCCCGAGUGGCAGCAGGAUGAGUUUGAUGAGGAGCUGGACAAUGACAGCUUCUCCUACGAUGAGUCUGAGAACCUGGACCAAGAGACUUUCUUCUUUGGUGAUGAGGAGGAGGAUGAAGAUGAGGCCUAUGACUGAGGGGGCAAAUGCAGGAAACACCUAGAGCCGCCCCAGAGUCACGGGGCUGCGGGGGCAGGAGCUGCCCCUGUUUGUCAUGGGGAGGGGAUUCCCAGCGUCUGCAGUGCCUCUUUCUGUUUAUUGAAUAAAGGCCUCUUUCUCACACAC